UGUUUGUGCGUUAAUAACGUGUCAAAUAGCUGCAGCGGGUGUAAUUUGUGCCACUAGAGACUUUAAUUUAAUUUAGAAGUGACUUUUUGUGAAAAUACGAACUUUAUAAAAGAAUACAGGGAACCACGUUGUCGGUGAGAAAUGGCAGAAAAGCACAUUGUUAAGUUUCACUUUAUUGCGAAAUUUUUUGGGGACGGUAAUCGCUUUUUAGUUCGGGGAGAAAAUGCUUUUACCAGCGGUCACGUCACCAAAUUUAGGUUUGAUGGCACAGUACAACCGAUGAGAAUUUCUGCAGAAGUUCUACCGAGCAUGAAAAAGCUAAAUUAUACUGUGGAGAUUUCAUAUGACCUAGAAGAAGGGGUUAAGACGGCACAUUGUACCUGCCCAAGGGGCAACGUGGCUUGCCAUCAUAUGGCUGCAGCAUUAUAUUAUGCUCAUUAUAAUGUAAGUGCUACUGACAUUGAGUGUCAGUGGAGUGCCCCAUCAAAAACAACACCACAAACAGAAGUCAUUAAGUUAGCUGAUGUUUACAAGCCGAAAUUAUCAAACUAUACGGCACUGUCUAGGUCCUCUACUGAGGACGAAAUUAUUCAGUUCCGUGCCGAAAUAGGCGUCACGAAUGUGGUGGGCUUCACUUGGCUCCUAAGACCAGAAGCAAGUGAAGAAGCCAGAAAAAUUAUUGCAGAUAUCGAAGAAAUUCUACAAAGCUUAGAAUACGUGCAGGCCAUAGACAAACAAAAGUUUCUUUUGGAGAAGUGCAGAAUAGAUGAGGCACGCAUUAAACUGGUUGAGGCGUGCACUCGGGGCCAACAUGUUAACGAAAAUUGGCAUGUAGCAAGGAAACAUCGUUUAACGGCCAGCAGGUUUGGCAUGGUACUAUCUGCUUGCAGUAGACGAAGAUUCCCACCCUCUUUAUUUAAAAAUUUGGCGGAAGGCUAUUCGCUUGACAGGGUUGCUGCUGUGCAGUGGGGUAAGACCCACGAGAAGACAGCGCUCAGAGAAUUUGAAGAAGCGACGAAUCUUAAAGUCCAAGAGACGGGAUUUUGGUUGGAAGAAUCAGGCUUUUUGGGAGCAAGUCCUGAUGGAUUAGUGGAAGAAGAUGGGAUUCUCGAAAUUAAAUGCCCAUAUAAAUAUAGGGACACUGACAGUUUGUCUGAAGCCCUGAAGGAUAAAAAAUAUUUUUAUUGGAGGGAUGAAAAUGAGGACAUUAAUCUUAACAGCAAUCACAAUUAUUACCACCAAGUACAGGGGCAAAUGCACAUCACUGGUCGAAGUAUCUGCUACUUUGUCGUGUGGACACCAAAGUGCACAGAGAUAUUUCAAAUUGAAAAAGAUCCGGGGUGGUCAGAAAAUAUCAAUAUUUUAAAAGAAUUUUAUCUUGACCAAUAUAUUUCCUUUAUUUCACAAUAAUAAACUGUAUAUAAAUA